GUCAGCGGAUGAAAAGCAGCAAGCAGAAAAAGGCGGGACUACUGCAGCCUCUUCCUGUCCCAGAACAGCCAUGGCAAGUGGUUAGCCUAGACUUCAUCACCGGGUUACCACCUACCAUCAGCAGUCAUGACGCAAUCCUUGUCGUCAUUGACAAGUUCUCCAAAAUGGGACACUUCAUCCCGACACACACGACGGCAAGCACCGAGGAGACAGCACAGCUCUUCGUUCGUCGCAUCAUCUCACAGCAUGGCAUCCCAACCACACUCAUUUCCGACCGAGACCCCAAGUUCACCAGCAAGUUCUGGAAGGAACUUAUGUCUCUUCUCGGGACCAGACUCGCCAUGUCAUCCGCAUACCAUCCGCAGACAGACGGACAGACCGAGCGCCUCAACCAAAUUGUUGAGCAACUCCUCCGCGCAGCCUGCAAGGACGACAUCUCCAAAUGGGACUUGCAUCUGCCCGUCCUGGAGUUUGCUUACAACAAUGCCACGCAUGCCGCUACUGGACAGACGCCGUUCUUCCUCUGCUACGGACGCCACCCACUCACACCACAGAAACCAACAACAUCCGCUACGGUACAACGUGCACAUGAUUUCAUCACAACCAUGCAUCAGCUUUGGGAUCGGACCCAUAAGCGCCUCCUUGACAUUCAGCAGCAACACAAGCGCCAGGCCGAUCGCCAUCGCAACGACCACACCAUCACGGUGGGAGACCAGGUGCUUCUUGACACCCGCAACCUGGACAUCAGCCACCUCCCAUCUAAACUUCGACCUCGCUUCUGCGGGCCUUUUCUCGUUGAAGCACAGUACCAGUGAAGCCCUGUGGUCGGCGCAGGUAGA